CAGCUUCUUCUUCUUCUUCCAUAAUGAAAUGACUACACACAAGGAGAAACAGAUUGACUAAAAAAGAAAAGGAGUCAAUACGAUUUUGGUUGUCUGUAGCCUAGCGUAGAAGAGCAUGCCAAGUUCAUAACCUGGUCAAUUAAUUUACUAGAAGUACACAUUACUACGAAUCGGCAGCAGCAAAAAAAAUAGUGUGCAAGUUGUAAAAAUAAUUGAAUCUCAACUGUGUGCCACUCUCAUUCAUCACCAUUUUCCAUUCGUUAUAAUAAAAGCUAAUCUUCUUAACUCGAUUUUAUUCAACAACGAGACUUAACUCUGGUAUAGUUAUUUGUUAAGCUUUUAGUGUGACCUGCUAAAUGGCGAGAACAAAUCCUACAUAAUAAUUAAUUGAAUCCAGCCAUCAUCAUUAAAAAGACUGAGCCACUUAUCAACGAACUUCACUGAAAUUUGUAUACAUACGUGCAUUCUACGUAAAUAUGUACAUGUUCGUUCUCACUGGGGAAAAAUUUCGUCCAGCAUGUUAUGUGCAGUAAUAAAUUUACAUGUUUACUUAUAUGGUCAGUGGUUAAAUGUUAGUUAAAUAUUUGCAGUUAGUCAUUUUUGGCUACGAACGAAGCUCUCAAGUAAAGCUUUAACACAUACAUGACUAAGGGUAUUUCUUAGUAUGUUCAAAUCUGGGAGGAUAGUGGUGUCAUAUUUUUGAGUAUACAUACAAACACUGUCAUAUCGAACUUAUCCAUCCGACAAGGACGCCUAAAGCUUGCAUAAAUAGACAAUUAUCGGGACAACAUGGCCGAGUCUUUCGACCGACGACGCGACUUGCCCCCACUGCCUCCAGGUGUAGAAAUGAUGCAUCCUCCACCUUCAGCCUCUCCGGUCAGCUCGAGUUACUCGGAACUUCGACGCACAAUUGUCCCUCCUUCAUCGUACAAUAAUUACAACGAUUACAACUAUUCGGUCAGCCAGGCCGACUAUCAGCCCUACCUCUACCCCUCCAGCAGUUCUCAGGCGAGAUCCUCCACUGCGGAAUCAAUCUAUGAACCAAUCGUCCCCCGCACCGAUUCGAGAAUGACUCUCAACUCGACGACAUCCAAGAAUUCGUUGGACCGUAGAAAUUUAGACACUCCGGAUAAAUACAUUCCGACCUCUUCGACAGAAUCAGAAAUUGAUGCGCUUACCGACCUCUUGAUGACCUCGUUGAGAAAGAAUGAAGUGUUUUUUGGUGUCUGUUGCAAAUGUGGGAAGCAAGUUAUCGGUGAAGGGACGGGAUGCACAGCCAUGAAUAAAAUUUUCCACAUUAAUUGCUUACGGUGCAGAGUUUGCGAUUGUCUUCUUCAAGGCAAAUCCUUCUUUUAUCAUGUGGAUGGAAAACCAUACUGCGAGAAGGAUUACAUGAGUCGACUCGAAAAAUGCUGCGUAUGUUCGGAUCCAAUUUUGGACAGGAUCUUAAGAGCAAAUGGGAAGCCAUAUCAUCCCAAAUGUUUCACUUGUGUCAUUUGUGCAAAAAGCUUGGAAGGAAUCCAAUUCACUAUCGAUGCUGCAAAUAGGAUCUAUUGUAUCGAGGAUUUCCACAAGAAAUUUGCCCCACGCUGCAGUGUUUGCGAACUUCCCAUAAUGCCAGAACCUGGAAAUGAUGAAACUGUACGAGUUGUCGCCCUGGACAGGUCAUUCCACGUGAAGUGCUACAAAUGCGAGGAUUGUGGACUACUCCUCCGAUCCGAAGCUGAAGGACGAGGCUGUUAUCCUUUAGAUGGACACAUUUUGUGCAAGAGUUGCAACGCCAAACGAGUUCGUGACAUGAAAAUUUGAAACCAUUUGACAUUCCUUACACACACUCCGUCAAAUUCAACAUAGUCAUAUUAGCGACCUUAAUUUAAUCAACAGACUUUUUGCAAUAUGUAAAGAUAUCAAACACUUUCAAUCGCUUGACGAUUAUUGCUUUAGACUCACAAUUUUGUAAAGUAAUCUCAUAUUCAGUCUUCAUUCCAGCCUCGCAAAAAAUAUAUAAAAAUACGACAUACGUCGACAAUUUGUAUCUAGUAAUAAUAUGCGCUUUGUCGUCUUGUGAUUUUAAAUUGAUAGGUAUAUUUUGUCGUCCUUUUGAUGUUCCUGGCUUGAUUUAUACAUAGCUGAUCACAUACUGACAAAAAAUUACGUCGCAGUCAUUCCGUAACUUAUUUACUAAAGUGGAACUAAGCAAUACGCACACAGAGAUAAAUGCAAUAAUGAUGAUGAUAAUACCUAAUUUUGACAUUAUAAAUCAUUUCGGCUAGACAUUUGCUUAUGCAUUAUUACAGAGCUCGCCGUUUGGGUAUAAUAUUCAAUAGGUGUUUACUACACGUGCGUCUCCUUGAAUCUCCAAAUUAUGGUCUACAUAACACACGCCACGACGAAAAAAUAGUGAUCAAUUGCUUGUUUGUUAUUCUAAGAAAUUUGUUGUGAUUCUAUAAUAAAAAUUUGCUUGUUAUUCA